UUACUUAUUAAAAAAAUAAAACCAUUAGUUUGAAAGCACUUAAUCUACGUUUGUAGUAAGGGAUCUUUAUUUGUCAGAGGAGAGGGGUGUCUGGGGUUUGACAUUGUGAAACCACAAUUUUCAUGUUUUCAUUAAAGUCAGUGAUAAGAUUACUACAAAAUAUAGGCAUUUAAAGCUGUAUGCCAUUCUCUUAGGCCAAAGUAAAAGACAUAAGUCCCUCAUUAGAGCUUUAAAACCUAUUUGACAUGUCUCCCCCACCUCUGCAGUUACACCUCCAAAACACUAGUUAGCAGUGGGGUGUCUGUGAAGUGCUGUAAAGUUGAGUUGAUUCAAAACCCACCCAAAACACAUAUUAAACGUGGCUUAAUAGCCACAAUUUCAGUUACAAGUACACAAAUUGGCAUCAUUAUAACUCGCAGCGUUCACAGACAAAGCAUUUGUCUUUUGCUCGAUAUAUUUUCCCCACUUAUUCAACAUGCUAAUGUUAUUAGCACAAGCCUAUGGCAUGCUUAGCGGCUAGCAGACAUUUCCUCUACUCAUAAGAAGCCAGGGACAACAGCAACAUUUAACAAAGGUAACGUUACAAAGUUUGGCUCCAUUGCAACUCACAAGGUUCACCGGCAAAACAGCUGGUUUAUACUAAACAUGUUUUCCAAACAAAUAUAACAUGCUAACGUCAUUAGCACAAGCCUAUGGCAUUUUUCAUUGUGUACAUUAGCUUAGCGUGUAGGAGACAUUUCCUCUACUCAUAUGUAGCCAGAACCACCAGCAACAUUUUUUAACUAAGGUAAUGUUAUGAAAUGCGUCUCCACUACCACUCACAAGGUUCAUUGUCAAAACACCUGUCUUAUACUUAACACAUUUUCCAUACAACUACGACAUGCUAACAGUAUUAGCACAAGCUUAUAGCAUUUUACAACGUAACAAUUAGCUUAGCGGCUAGCAGAGUUGAAGUUGAACUUGAGUUUUUAUUUUGACAGCUACAAACCGGAAGUAGAGUGACUGUAUGUUGUCUUGCUUGACGUUGGUACAGGAAAAAGAGCAGGAUGUAGCGGUACAUGAUGUAUCGGGCUCGCUUCACAUCAAUCCAACCACCACAAGUCCUUCUGUGUAUCUAUGUCGACGCGGUGAGUCGGGUUUGGGGGAUGGGUGUUGUACGGAUCGUCAGCAGAGACGACUAACGUUUGAAAAAUGUCCAACAUCCUCGAUGCGGCGUCCAACGUAAAAUGGGACCGCACGGCUGCGGCGAAGCGAGCCGUGUUCCUUGCGGCUGCCGCUUAUGGUGUCAAAACACUGUACCCCAUCAUCUGCAAGCAGCUCAGCAAAAACAAAGAUCCCAGGAAUAAAGGGUCAAAGGCGGAAAACGGGUCCGCCUGUUCGGUACAAACACGGAUAUGUGCUGCGGAUCUGAAGAAGACAUCCCCCGGGGUAAAUGCGGAAUUUUUCAAGCAGAUCCUCGAACUUGGUAAAAUCCUCUUCCCCAAGCUCGUGUCCAGAGAGCUGGGUUUGCUCUCCUUGCACUCGGUGGCGCUCAUAUCCAGGACGUUUCUGUCUAUUUACGUGGCCAGCUUGGACGGAAAGAUAGUGAAAACGAUAGUGGAGAAGGAGCCCAGGAGCUUCAUCAUCCAGCUGAUGAAAUGGCUCCUCAUUGCCAUCCCGGCCACGUUCGUCAACAGCGCCAUCCGGUACCUGGAGUGCAAACUGGCUCUGGCCUUCCGCACCCGGCUGGUGAACCAUGCCUACCGGACCUACUUCACCGAUCAGACCUACUACAGAGUCAGCAACAUGGACGGGAGGCUCGCCAACCCGGACCAGUCUCUCACGGAGGAUGUAAUGAUGUUCUCCCAGUCUGUGGCCCACCUCUACUCCAACCUCACCAAGCCCAUCCUGGACGUGAUGCUCACCUCCUACACGCUCAUACAGACCGCCAGGUCCAGGGGGGCCAACGCCAGUGGGCCCACCCUGCUGGCCGGCCUGGUGGUCUUUGCCACAGCUAAGGUCCUGCGUGCCUGCUCGCCUAAAUUUGGCAAGCUGGUGGCCGAGGAGGCUCAUAGGAAAGGCUACCUGCGCUAUGUACACUCCAGGAUCAUUGCGAAUGCUGAGGAGAUAGCUUUCUACAGGGGACACAAGGUGGAGAUGCGUCAGCUGCAGAAAUGCUACCGGGCCCUGGCGGACCAGAUGAACCUGAUCCUGUCAAAGCGUCUCUGGUACAUCAUGAUCGAGCAGUUCCUCAUGAAGUACGUGUGGAGCGGCAGCGGGCUUGUCAUGGUGGCCGUGCCCAUCAUCACCGCUACCGGCUUCGCUGACAACAAAACAGCAGACGGCCACACGCAGGUGAUGGUGAGCGAGAGGACGGAGGCUUUCACCACCGCCCGCAACCUCUUGGCUUCCGGAGCCGAUGCCAUUGAGAGGAUCAUGUCCUCCUACAAAGAGGUCACAGAGUUGGCAGGCUACACUGCACGGGUCCACAACAUGUUUGUGGUGUUUGAGGACGUCCAGAGGGGCAUUUACAAGCGCUCCUCUGUGUCAGCCACAACAGGAGCAGAGAAGAAGAGCAAGCCUGAGAUGCACAUAGAUGGACCGCUGGAGAUAAAGGGGGAAGUGAUAGAUGUGGACAACGGCAUUGUGUGUGAAAAUGUCCCAAUUAUUACACCGAAUGGGGACGUAGUAGUGUCUUGCCUGAACGUCAAGGUAGAGGAGGGCAUGCACCUAUUGAUCACGGGGCCUAAUGGCUGUGGGAAAAGCUCUCUGUUCAGGAUCCUCAGCGGCUUGUGGCCUGUCUACGGCGGCCGCCUACACAAACCCUCUCCUGAACAUAUGUUCUACAUCCCUCAGAGGCCAUACAUGUCCAUGGGUUCACUGCGGGAUCAGGUGAUCUACCCAGACUCGGGGGAGGACAUGGCUGCCAGAGGCCUCAGUGACAAGGACCUGGAGGCCAUCUUGGACAUAGUCAACCUCAACCACAUUGUCACCAGAGAGGGAGGCUGGGAUGCUGAGCUGGACUGGAAGGACGUGCUGUCAGGAGGCGAGAAGCAGAGGAUGGGCAUGGCUCGCAUGUUCUACCACAAGCCUAAAUACGCACUGUUGGAUGAGUGUACGAGCGCUGUGAGCAUCGACGUGGAGGGAAAGAUAUUCCAGGCUGCGAAGGAUGCCGGCAUCUCUCUGCUCUCCAUCACACACAGACCCUCCCUGUGGAAGUACCACACCCACCUGCUCCAGUUCGACGGGGAGGGAGGCUGGCGCUUUGAGCAGCUGGACACAGCGACGCGCCUCUCCCUCACCGAGGAGAAACAGCGGCUGGAGGCCCAGCUGGCCGGCAUUCCCGAGAUGCAGCAUCGCCUCAACGAGCUCUGCAAGAUCCUGGGAGACGACUCUGUCCUCAAAACAGCCGAGGAGUGAGACAGGGAGGGGAGGAGGCCCGGAGGGGAAAAGAGUCAAAGGGGAGAAGGAGGAGAGGUAGCUGGGGGAGGAGGAGAAGAGAGUGUGGGAGACAAACAGGCAGUGAAAGAAAAAGAGAUCUGUCUGGGGAUUGUUAGUUUCUUUUUUUCAGGCUUAGAUUUUUUUGCUUUGCUGCGAGCCUCUUUGGUUAAAGCGAGAGAGCUCUUAAUGCCAGCCAGUCUCUCAGCUCUCCUUCCUCCUCUCCCUCCUCUUUUAAUCUCUCCUUUGCCCUACUCCAACCCGAGAAGAGGAGGGGAGGAGACUGAAGUGGAUUUACAAGUAUUAUUCCCUCUUCUUACGCACAUCGACUGCAUACUCAGCUGUAGACUUUACAUGUUUGGUUUUAGCAUACAUCAUUUUCAGGAUCAACUAAGUUGCCACAGAUCAACGUGGCAAAACAGAGAAAUCCAAAUUAACCAGGGUAAUUUAUUUGUUUGUUUUAUAGCACUUUACUCUGCUUUUAGAGGGCUGUUUCUGUUUGUCGUGCUAGCUCACAGUGAAAUACAGUGAUAGCUGCGUUUUAGCUGGAAAACUAAUGUAGAGCCACUUGAUAAUGUCCAAAGCAGUAUUCCACACCCAGUGCACUGGGUCGUGCAGGAUCCACAUUUGUCUGAUUUAGCGGUAGAUUUUAGUUUUUACUGAACUGAAUGUGACCUCUUAGUUUGGAGAGGUCAAAAGAGAAUAUUUUUCAAGAUGUCACAAUAUGCCUUUGUUUAAUUUUGUGUAUCUAGCCGCGGUACAAUCCCUUUCCUCAUACCUCGUCUUAGUCAUUUUUAGGUCAUUUCACAUCCUUGAACCACUGAUAUAGGCUCAGAUGCAGACUCACACGUGGCUAGCGAAGAAGAAGAACCCAUCUGGGGUCUAUUAUUAGAGCGAUUAGUGACGCAGGUCUGACUCCAAAACUAUAGGUUUCUGGUUUAUUGAACAAACACAAUGAGCUUAAGAGGCCCUGUUCAAAGGAAGAGCAGCUAAGAGCAAGCUGACCCUGGUAGUCUGGUCUGUAAAUAGUCACACACAUGUAGGCGGUACGUGGAUGAGCAGGCGGAAAUUCACGCCAUAAAACUGUCAGGUACACGUACACACUGUCCACAUGUUGAAGCUCUCCCCUGUGUUGACACAAAACACACUGGUGUGUUUGCAGUGCGUCAGAUGUCUGCUGGGACUCUGCUGUGUCAGCAGUGCUCUGUGGCUCCCUUUGAGCCUGUGUAAGUGAACAUUAUUACGUGAUGGUCCUGGAAAAUGAGCUCGUUACAUUAUGCUUAUUUAAUUAAAGUGGAAACAGACAGGUUUUUCGCCCCCCAGUGUUUGCAAGUGGUAGUGUUGUUCGUGCUGCUGUCACAUUCAGAGUGUUUCCGCAGUUACUUCGGCUGUUCCACCAUCCACCAUAGAGUGCUUAAGGAAUGAUGUUUUUUGUUGUUGUUGUAGGACAGCCUGGAAGUUAGCAUUGCUCUCAUUCCUUCAACAAAAAGCUAAUGGGAUUUUUCAAUUGGAUUUUGGAUUAUUGCCGAAAAUAAGCUCUGUGGCAAACAGAAGUUUUUGUUGCUUACACAUUUUGUUUAGCAGGAUAAUCUCAACCAAUGAACACCACUUUUGUGAUUUUUGAAGCGUAAAUGCAGUGACCAGAGGUAAAAAGCUAAUGUUAGGCUAUAAACAAACUACACCACAGUUGCAUGACCACACCGAGGCCGCAAAUCCGUGUUUUGCGUGAUGACAUUUUGUCGUCUCAUUUAGCCACUUGUGAGUAGACGUCUUUUUUAAGACACGUAAAACGUUUAAAAUUCUGAAGUGGGGUAUUUACUGAUGUAUUUUAUGUCGUGGAACAAAACACUGAAGUCUCUUAAGCUUGUGUUAACCACAGACCUUAUUUUGGGCAUCUAACAAAAACCCAUUUAAAAAAAGCCACUGAGUUCGAGACAAGGGAACAGGAAGUGCAAAAAUGCUAACCCAUGUCCAGGUUUUGGCUACUGGGAUAGUAACAAUGGAUUUAUAAAGAGUACAUACAUAAAAACAUACAUGAAAAUACCUGUAUCUCCUGCAUCGUGUGGCCCGUCGAGCCAUCGGGGCCCCUCACUUAAUCACCUCUGAAUUUGGCUGUAAGUAGUUUUAGUACUUUUAGGACAUUAUCAUCCAAAUAAAGGGCUAUUUAAGUCUUCAUAGCAGGAAGCUGAUGUACCUCAAAAAAAAAUUCCACUGUGUUACAGACGUCAGUCUAUGGGAAAAUGUCACUCUAUGGGAAAAGUAAUUUUGGACCCCAUGGCAUCAGGUGUAGAACCCGGAAGUUGUAAUUACAUGGUUUGGCCACUAUGUCUUGAUAGUAACUUCAACACGUACAGACAGACCUUUUUAAUAUCACUUUAAAUCACCAUCAAUAAGUGUUUCCCUCCUAUUAAAAUGAUGUUCCUUGUAGCGCCUACAUCAAAAAUUCUGAGAGUGACAUUACUAAAAAACGAACUGUCCAAUCUGAAUUUUAGACAGUUUAUUAACAAAUGUGUAUUUAGGAUAUUUUAAGACUUUUUAAAGACCUAUGGCCACCCUAUGUAAGGAACUUAUAUUUGGUUGACGCACUUCUUUUGUGCCGAAAAUUGGGUCUUCAUUCUCCUGGGAGAUUGUACCCAAUGGCAGACGAAAUUGCAUAUCGAAAGUGAGGCUUAUAGGAAACCAGUCUGACCACUGAUGAUGUCAUUAUUCUAUCGCCAUUACAUUGUGCUCAAUCAAAAUGAUAGACAUUUACUUCCUGAUAAUGAGUUAAAGCAAAAAACUUGUCUGUUUCCACUUUAAAUACACUUCAUUUAAAUCUGAUUUUAGAUGACACUCCACAUAUUAUUAUGUUUCAAAAUAUGAGGCCUUAUUGGAUUAUACCUAAUUGUGUGUAUGACAUAAUAGGGCUGAUAAACAGUAGUAGAAAGGUCAGAGGUCAAGCUGGUUUAUAGAUCACUGGAGCUGGUUGGGAUUUCACUUUUGGCUCGAGGACACUGACUAGCUGGAACAAAACUCGACAGGAACAAAAUUUGAUUGAUUGUUUUCCCUGAUUUAGCUUCUUUAGCUUUGUUACCAACAACUUACCUGAAGUUGUGAUACUGUGAAGUUAUUGGUCUGUUACAUCAUUUAUGAAAAGGUCCUAAACGCUGUGUUCUCACAUGGUGGUUCUAAGCUGUGGUCGUGGCUGCUUUUACAGUGUGUUCCUUCUGUGGUUCAGACCUGUGUUGUUGCUCACUGCAUCCGGCUUUAAGAGUCCAAGGAAAAGUAAAUGAUGCUGUUCUGCCUCCCAGAUUGUACAGAAUACAGGAGAGGGGAUCAGGGGUGUUUGUGCCAUUCAUUCAUGGUCUUUCAGAUUUCCCCAUAGGUACGCAGAGCUAUAUGUUUGAGGAUUCAUACAUUUAAUUGGGCCUUAAGCUCACCAAGCAAUAGAAAUUAUAACUAUACAUAAAGGGGGUCACUUGGAGUGAUAAACACACAGAGGUAUUAUCUCUCAGUGCUGCAGUCCCCUGUAUGGAGGCCCAUUGCAGCCAAUGUGAUGCAAAAAAAGAAAGAUCCUAUGAGUCAUUUAAUGACUUAUUUUCUCAAAAUAAUGAGAAACUUUCUUAAAAUAAUGAGCUUCUAUGUCGACAAAAGGACUUAAUAUCUCAAAAUAAUUAGAAACUUUCUCAUGAGAAAUGAGAAACGUUAUCAAAAUGUCAAGCUGAUAUGUCAAAAUGAGUUAGUAUCUCAAAAUUCUGACUUAGUUUCUCAACAUUAUGAGUUAACAUGUCAAAAUAAUGACUUUAUAUCUUAAAAUAAUGAGUUAAUAUCUCAAAAUAUGAGAAGAUUUCUCAAAAUAAUGAGCUAAUAUGUCAAAAUAAUAGUUUCUCGAAAUAAUGACUUAUUUUCUCAAAAUAAUUAGAAACUUUCUCAAAAUAUUGGGUUAAUAUGUCAAAAUAGUGAGUUAGUAUCACAAAAUAUGAGAAACUAUCAAAAUAAUCAGCUAAUAUGUCAAAAUAAUGAGUUAAUUUCUCAAAACAAUGAGAAAUGUUCUUAAAAUAAUGAGUUAGUAUCUCAAAAUAUGAGAAACUUUCUCAAAAUAAUGAGCCAAUAUCUCAAAAUAAAGACUUGGCUUCUCAAAGUAAUGAGAAACUUUCUUAAAAUGAUGAGAAACUUUCUGAAAAUAACUCAGUAUGUCAAAAUAGUGAGUUAGUAACUCAAAAUGAUGAGACAUUUUCUCAAAACAAUGACCCAAUUGUCUAAAAAUUAUGACUUGGUGUCUCAAAAUAAUGAGCAACUCUGUCAAUAUUUUGACUCACCAUAUGUCAGGAUUAAUCAAAUUAGUAAAGUUUCUCAUUAUUUUGAGAAAACUUCAAAUAAUGACUUACAGGAUCUUUUUGUUUCAUCAUCACAUUGGCGGUAAAGGGCUUCAGUACCCCUCAGCCCUAUGAAGCUUUGCAGCAAAGUUUCAUUCAUUGAGUUGUUUUGAGUAUUUUGGUUUGCUUUCACCAGUAGUACAGAUUAUAACUGCAUUUGAAAAGCCCAAAAAACAGCACCCAGAAACCGUUUGUGGUUUUUUUGUGCUGUGUGAAACAGACAUUCCCCUCGUUUAAAGCCCCUUAGUAAGUGACAGAACCACUAAAUAUGUGUAAGCCCUUCAGAAACAUGAAUAUGGUGAAAUCUGAAUGUAUUUGAAUGAGUGGUCCAGAUGCCACCACAAACAGGAGAAUCACUGGAUGUCUGGAUGUUACUCUCACACUGACUGUACCGCACACAGGACUCCAUCCAUGUCUCUUUGAAGCUUGUGUGACUGGUACGAUGUUCUCAUGAUAUCACUGGUUAGAGCACCACUAUUCUGUUAUUAUACCUCUGUUUGGUCCAACAUGUCUGUGUUACAAAGAACAGACAAUCAGUCGCAUCAUCAGCAGAAUACAAACAAGUGCACUGCUAUAUUUUACGUACACAUCGGCUUGUUGUCUGCAAAGAGAAUAUUAUCAACUCCCUCAGGCCUUUUGUUAGGCUGAGCUGUGGCUGCAUCCACGACGUCUAAAAGUGCAACAUCUUUGCUCCAAUGAGACUUCAGAUCUUUGCAACCUCCCCUUUUGGCUUUUAGUGUACAGUUACAAAAGGACUUAAGACCAUUUGGAUGCAGCCCUGCUCUGCCUAGGAUGAUGGCUGCUCGGUUACAGAAGGACAAAUGUAAAAAAAUGCUCCCUCCCAAAUGUGACUGGAGAAGAAACAUAACUAAUUAAACAUGAAAAUGUCAGUGAAUCCCUUUAAUAUCUAAAGGGAUAAUAACUGGAAUGCUCUCUCAUGGUCUUGUAAUAUUAUACGAAAAAAACAAAGAAGCUUUCAUUUGGUAUGCAAGAGAGCAUCACAGGCAUCGCUGUGGGGUUUGAAAACGGUACGGCAAGCCCUUUCAGCAGCCGGAGUUUCUGACCUGAAAUAAGUUAUCUUUUGUGUGGCGUCACUCAGACUCUGUUGACAGGAGGCCAGACGAGCCGCUGAAUGACAUGGAGUCUGCCAAGUGACACUGGAGCAUGAGGUCAGCUCAAGAGCAAACAGUGCCUGACAUUCGUAGGCAUGACCAUAGCUUCAGUAGUUAAACAGUCAAGUAAUACUAUUUCAUCUUGAGAGGACGGGGUGAUAGAUGAUGAGGUGCCAUUUUGUUUGAUGCUUCAUGCUUCGGUAUCGAUCUUUAUUGCCUUCAGACCUGAGUUGUGUAACAGGGUGCUUUUUGUGCUGCAUAUUCUUUUCAGUGUUUACUUAUUCUUUUCGGUGUUUAUAAAGCUAAGAGCAGGACGAUUUGUCCUUUAAUCACACCACAAAAUUGAGCCUGAGGAGGCUGAAUUCGACCACUGAUAACAGCCGCUCUUCAGAGUCCUGUGCGUAUUUUUGGGUGCUUGCAGUGUAGCAAAUUGUCCAUUGACUGCACUGUUGGUAGGACUGCUUGUUUAUGGAAAAAAACAGAAACAGUUUAUAUCCUUGAACUUUAAAUCCUUAAAAAAAAUCUUGUUUUCAUGAUCAUUGGAAGCCAAGAUCUUAAUCUUGUGGUUAGGACCUGCUACACAUGAAAAGACCUCAAAUUUAUGCGUUCUUGUUUAUUGAUAACUUUAAAAUGGCGAUAAUCAAUAAACUUGUGUUAGCAAUGGAUCACAUACAUGUAUGUGAAUUGAGUCCCUGCAGUCGUAGCAACAAGUCAAGUCUUUUUUUUUUGGUUUAAUGCCCUGCAACUUUCUCGUAAGGUUGAUUUCAGUCGUAGCAGGCAGCGGUUUUCAACACGCUCGGUAGGCUACCUGCCAGGCACGGCAAACCGACAAAAUUAGCAACACGCUCGUGAACGCAGGGCAAGUGGAACAUUAGCUAGCAGCUACAUAAUCAUGUAUUUGCCUCAGGACUUGGUGGUUAGCAAACAGCACUUAAAGAGUAAAUAUUUGACUCACAUGACUUAAAGUAAUAGUUUCGUUUUGCUAUGUCUGGUUUCUGCCGUGUAAGUGGGUUUGCACAAGUUAACAAUAUCAGCUGAUAGGAUGUGUUUACAGUAAGUGCUGGUUUUGGUUCCACCUUGUGAGUCCAUGUGUGUCAUCGUGGCAAAAUGUGGUCUCAGAGACACCUACCCCAGAGGUGAUUUGGAGGGCUUUGCCAGGUGUUUUUCUGCCUGUCUGUCUGAUAAUGGACAGAUAAUGUCCAUGGGAUAGCGCCACAACCGUGCAAGAUACUGUCAUGAAAUUUUACAGUUGUGUAGUUUAGAUCACCACCCACAUUUGCUUUAGUCAUGGCUGGUGGGAUUUCAUUGCAAGAUGGUCUCUGGUUCAACAGCAUCCCGAGCUCCAGGGUCAGGCCCGCCUCUGGUGCUAGGACACAUGGUGGUAAAUCACUGAUAGGGGCCUCUCAGUUAGAACAAAAUAUGUCAGAUUUCUUGGAGCAAAAGAAUUGUAGUCUUUAUUUGCGAAAUAAAAUCUAUCUGACUCCCGCUAGCCUCAACCUCAAGUUUCUGCUCGGCUCGUAGACUUUGUGAUUGCGACGAUGUCACAGAUUUUUAAAAACUUUUUUCUCAGCUCAAGGAAACUUUAACAAACAUAAAACCUCCAUGGAUCAAAAGUGCAUAAAAGAAAGAGCCAUAAUGACCAUGUUUGCAGUUCGAGUUGUCCUGGUGGUGGUCUAUGGAGAAAAUGUUUUUUCAGCUGCAGGGGAGUUCUCUGUCGCAAUACAAUGAGUGGCCACUUGGAGAAAUUGGAAGCAAGGCUGACCUGCAUUCCUGAGGGCCUGGACUCCGGCAGACAUAAUGUUCACGUCCAACUGAAGAGGUGGGCCUGAGCCUGGAGUUCUGCAGCAGACCCUUCUCCUUUAGUUGAGCUUGUAAGUGUUAAGGUUGUUUCCGCUGCCCCCAAGUGACCAAAAAAAGUUACUGCAGGUACAAUAAUAUUCUAUCUCCAGUAACUAUUAAAUAAUGUACCGCUGCUGUGACUGCAUGAAACCCUGUGAAGUUAUCUUUGAACAUGGCACCUCAUCAUUUCCUCUCCCUUUUAGGAACCUAGUAAAGAUACCUUACUCACCAGUGAAGUUAGGCCUGUAGUGGCCUGCUAUACUGUAUGACCCCGCAAUAUACUUUAAUGACAUCCUUACUCACAAAACUUUGAUACUGAAAGUUUCACACUUUCCCUUUUGUAAGUAAGAGAUUGAAUGUAUCCGUUAUGUACGAUAAAGCAUCUCUAAAGGUUACGAAGACAAUGAAUACACGUGGUCAGGUCAUACAGGUUUCCUUUUCGUUUGAUAAAUGAUAAUUUUAUAGUUGUGUUGAUAGUGCAUGUUAUUUUAUUGGAGCCACAUAGUGGUUUUAAACUGAGACUUACUGUGCAUGUGGUGAGUGAACAGAGAAAAUGUUGGUGUAAAACACGACAUGGGGUCGAUAGGUGGAUGAUCAUGAGUACAGUAGUUAAACAGUAGUUCUCAAAGCCAGGGUUUACUACACUUUGUAGUAACCUCAACAGUUUGCAAUCAAAACUCUCAAACUUAUAACAGUUUUAUAUUUUUAAUUCCUGGAACAGUAGCCCAGAUUUCCUUUAUCGGGAUCUCAUUGUGCAUGUGUAGGAAUCUGUAUUCUUUAACCUUAGAACCAAGAGAGGUGCAUCAGCGUACAGGUCAUCUGUUCAGAAAUCAUGUGCUGAGGUCCCUUUACGUUGAAAGAUGAAGAUGUAUUUUCUUGUAAAUAAAACUACAGUGCAACCUCGAAAAA